AUGGAACUAAAGGAUGAAUGGAUUCAGGAAGAUGAAGUGUACGACAAUCCGCUGUUAAAGUGGACUUUGAACGGGUUAAGGUAUUUCGGAAUAUUGCUGUACAAAAGUCAACCGUGGAAAAAACUUAACUGUUUUCGGGGAGUUUGCUUUACUGCGUCGAUGUUGCUUUUCAAUAUUACCCAGUACGUGGAUCUGUACCAAGUGUGGGGAAAUGUCGGUGAUAUGACAGCUAACGCUUCAACAACUUUGCUGUUCAGUACGACGAUCAUUCGGUUGUUUCAUUUCUAUUGGAAUAGAACUAGAUUCAACAGUGUAAUCAGACGAGCUGACGAGGGAACUCGGCAGAUUCUUCGGCAAGCAAAUGCGGAAGAAAUGCUUAUUUUUACUGGGAAUGUUAAAUAUAUAAAACGAUUGACGGCUCUUUUUUGGAUCUGUGCCUUAGUUACUGCGAACUCAAUGUGUCUGUUCACGUUGAUACAGUUCUUCAGCGCAUCUACCAAAGACUCGGACAGAGUGACAAUACUACGCUCGUGGUACCCCGCGGAAAAUGGUAUGGAUCACUUUGCUUCUGUUUACUGCAUUCAGCUGUAUAUUAUGUACGUGGGUCAAUUGAUUGUACCCUGCUGGCAUGUCUUCAUGGUUAGCUUAAUGAUCUACGUGCGGAUGGCGUUGAUGGUUCUGAACCACAGGUUAGAGAACAUGCGUGGCUCCAGUUUGAAAGAGUUGAGUAAUAUGGACGAGAAGCGUCAAAUUUUGCUAAAGGAUGGAAUCGUUGAGUGCAUUCAAAUGCAGCGUGAACUGUACGAAUAUGCUCGGGAGUUGGAAGCUUUGCUCAAGGGUGCGGUUUUUAUGGAUUUUGUCGUGUUUUCGGUGCUGCUUUGUGCUUUGCUGUUUGAAGCUUCUGUGACCAAUUCUACCGUACAAGUGUUUAUCGAUAUUUGCUACAUUACAACGAUGACGGCCAUUCUUUUCCUCUACUAUUGGCAUGCCAAUGAAAUUCAUUACCAGGCAAAUCUUCUCUCAAUGUCGGCAUUCAAGAGCAAUUGGCACAGUUAUCCACACUCGCUGAAGCGCUGCUUGCUAACCUUCAUUUGUUACAGCAUCAAACCGCUCACACUGAAAGCAUUUUUCGUACCGAUGUCACUGGAUACUUUUAUAGCGAUAUUGCGAGCUUCUUAUAGCUACUUUACUAUUCUGAAGCAAGCCACUAACUAAUUGUAUGACGGUUUGCUGGUGAUGAGUUUCCGGUAGUCAAAUGACUACCGUUGAAAUUGGUUAGUUUGUUAUAACCA